CCCUCCCACCCAUCCUUUCCAGUUUUAUAUUUAAUGUAGUUGCUGGCAGCACUACAAACUAACAUCGCCUGGUGGCAAAUUGCAGCAGAAGUGCUUUGUUGCAUUGGUGUCUGAUGCCGAAAUCACUGAAAAAGUGGUGGUAUUUGACGAGUUGGGAAUGAGAACAAGCUGAGCAGUCACAAAGAUCCCGAGCUGCAGCACCACCAAUUUUCUGCCAGUACCAGUUUCCUGGUUCCACCAGAACUCCAGUUCUACUCUCAACCAUGAGGCUCCUGCCUUGCUGUCCUGUUGCUUGCCUCCAGCUCAGCCGCCCCAUCGCUGGCUACUUGCUCAGCUCUCCAUGGGUCCAAAUUGCCUCUGGAUUGUCAGUUGCCAUCCGCUGUUCCCAAUUUCAAGUCUCGUGGUUGUUCUCUAGUGGGGUUCCAUCUCCAUGGCCAUGUUCCAGUGGGGUCCCAAUUUUGUGUUCCAAUGGGGUCCCGUCUCUGUUCCUAUGUUCUAGUGGGGGCCCAUCUCUGUGGCCAUUCACCAGUGAAUCACAAAGACAAGAAGAAAAGAAAACACAAAAGCAGGGUGUGAAACUGCUGAAAAGCUGUGAUACAUAAUACAUGGCAGCAGCCAGCUGUCCCCUCUCUGAGGAUCAAUUUCUGUGCUCCAUCUGUCUGGAUGUGUUCACUGAUCCAGUCACCAUACCAUGUGGACACAACUUCUGCAAGACCUGCAUCACAAAUCACUGGAGUAUUAAUAUCCAGAGUCAGUGUGCCGUGUGUAAAGAGCUUUUUGACAGAAGACCCGAACUUCGGGUCAAUACUUUUAUAUCUGAGAUGACUGCUCAGUUCAGGCAGUCAGUUCAAAAGACAACCAGCACCAGCUUAGGGGAACAACAAACCAACCCAGAGGAAGUUCUCUGUGAUGUCUGCACUGAAACCAAGAUGAAGGCCCUGAAGUCCUGCCUAGUGUGUCUGGCCUCCUACUGUGAGACUCACCUGGAGCCUCACCAGAGAGUCACAGGCCUGAAAAGACAUACGCUGAUUGAUCCUGUGGAGAACCUGGAAAGCAGGAUGUGUAAGAAGCAUGAGAGACCUCUGGAGCUGUUCUGCAAGACUGACCAGAUAUGUGUGUGUCAGUUCUGCACUGAGUCAAGUCACAAGCUUCAUCAAAUUGUUCCUCUGAUAAAAGAAUGUGAAGAAAAGAAAGCUGAGCUGAGAAAGACAGAGGCUGAAGUUCAGCAGAUGAUCCAGGAGAGAGAACUGAAGAUUCAAGAGCUUAAGCAAUCAGUGGAGCUCAGCAAGGAAACUGCAGACAGAGAGACAGCAUCCAGUGUGCAAGUCUUCACUGCUCUGAUCCAGUCUGUUGAGAGAAGUCUGGCUGAUCUGAUUGAGAUGAUUAAAGAGAGGCAUAACACAACAGAGAAACAGGUUGAAGGAUUCAUCAAAGAGCUUGAAGAGGAGAUCUCUGAGUUGAUGAGGAGAAGCACUGAGCUGAAACAGCUCUCACAUACUAAAGACCACCUCCUACUCCUCCAAAGCUUCACAUCCUUAAUUCCUGCUCAACCCACCAAGGACUGGACAGAGGUCAGAGUUCACUCGUCAUAUGAGGGGGCUGUGAGGACAGCUGUGUCUCAGCUGGAGGAGACACUCAGUAAAGAGCUUAAGAAGCUGUGUGUUGAUGUUGAGGUGAAAAGGGUCCAGCAGUUUGCAGUGGAUGUGACUCUUGAUCAUGAAACAGCAAAUCCCCAUCUCAUCCUGUCUGAUGAUGGGAAGCAAGUCAGUUAUGGUGACAUGAAGCAGAAUCUUCCUGACAACCCAGAGAGAUUUCUUUGUUAUUCUGUCCUUGGAAAGCAGAGUUUCUCUUCAGGAAGAUUUUACUAUGAAGUCCAAGUCAAAGGGAAGACUGCCUGGACUUUAGGAGUGGCCAGAGAGUCUGUCAUCAGGAAAGGGCGUAUCACACUGACCCCUGAGUAUGGCUGUUGGUCGAUAUGCAUGAUGAACAACAUAGUGUAUGCAGUUGCUUCAUCACCAGUCCAUCUCUCUCUCAAGUCAGAGCCUCAGCAGGUGGGGGUUUUUGUGGAUCAUGAGGAGGGUCUGGUCUCCUUUUAUGACACUGAUGCUGCAGCUCUCAUCUACUCCUUUACUGACUGUAAAUUCACUGAGAAGCUGCGCCCAUAUUUCAAUCCCUGUCAUAACAAUAAUGGUAGAAACUCCACUCCUUUAAAAAUUUGUUCCAUCAAUCAAACUGAUUAGAUGAAUUAUAACAGAGUCACUGUCAUGUAAAUGUCCCAAAUCACUUUACUGUUUUAUUAAGAUUGCUUUGGUUGAUUUUUCAUAAUAAUAAUCUGGUUUUAGCACAUGGCAGUAGAAUAAUAUCUACAUGUUUUUGUUGUUGUUGUUGUUGUUUAUUUGUUUUUAUAACAAUUUUACACAAUUUUCUGGUUGAGUAUAUUUACUGGUUAAUAAAUGUUUUUGAGCAUUUAUGCAAAUUGAAGAUGUUUUACAAAUUACUAUUUUGUUUAGAUGGCAAAAUAUAAUUAAAACAAUUCCAGUAAAACUUAGUAUUUCAAAAGAAAAAUAAAAUAACACUUAGUAAUUGCGAGUUUAGAUUUAUGAAUUCAUUCCAUUAUUUUAAGCUUCCAUAUUUGACUUUUUUUAAUUACAUUCUCUAUACUUCUGUGUAUUUUUUGUCAUAAUGAUAAUCUAGUUUUAGCCAAGCACCAACCUCCAAAGCUGAAAAAUUAAGCCAAAACUGCAGUUCAUUGAAUGGCCAAUUGAGGCUGGCUCUAAAACAGAGUAAAUGCCUGUCGACCUCCAUGUUCAAAUGUCCAACGUUAUAGCAGAAAUAGACAUGUUUACAGCCUGGUACAAAAAAUGGUUUUGGUCGCUAUGGCUCAUUAACUUUGUGAAACUUUGUAAAAGGCACAAAGUGUAGCAUCACUACAGUCUAUUUGUCAGAUUCAUCCAUCUCUCCUCCAUACCUUCACCCUCUUGUUCGAAUAUGGUCACCUGCUCCAAAAAAACAAGAUGGCAACAGACAAAAUGCCAAACUUGAGGCUUUGAAACAACAGUCCACAAACCAAUGGGUGAUAUCACUGUAGCCAUGUCCAUUAGUACAUACGCAGAUCAGCCAAAACAUUAAAACCACUGACUGAUAAGGUGAAUAGCACAGAUAAUUUUGUUACAGUGCAAUGCUCUUGUGAGGAACCUUGGCUCCUACCAUUCAUGUAGAUGCCACUUUACACACCCACCCAAACCCCAUUACAGACCAAUAGCCCCCUGGCAUGAGUGGGGGUACUUGGUCUACAACAAUGUUUAGAUGGGUGGAGUGCGUUAAGGGAAGGGGCAUUCACAUGAAUCCAAGGACCAAAGGUUUUCCCUGCAGAACAUUGCAUUGUAAUGAAAUGAUCAAUGUUAUUCACUUCUGUGGUUUUAGACCACUUUGUUUCAAAUAAUAUAAAAAAAUGGUGUUGGGGAUUUGUGUUCAUAAUUUAUUUUUUCAAUUAAUUUUACACUAUGCUGGUUUAGUUAUAUAUUUUGCUGAUUUUUAAUUUGGUAACAAUGAGCAUUUAAUUCUGAUGUGAAAUGUUUUACUUUUUUUCAUGUCAUUCAAUAAUAUUUGCCAACGAAUGAAGAAUUUAUGUGUUUUUUUCUUUUGAAUCUUUACAAUAAGAGCAGUAUUUUUAAAACUGUUAUGAAUAAAGAGAUGAUCCAGGAGACUAUAGACUAUAACUGGGCCUUUUUUUUAUAAACAUUUUCUCAGUUAGCUACUUAACAGCUAGAGAUUACUGUAUUACUGUAAAGUGUCAAUGCACUCUCUAAGUCUAUUCAUCAUCAGUGAAAAUAUUUGAAGAAUAUUAUCUUUUUGAUUGUACCUUGUUGUAUGACAGAACAAUUGUUGCUAGCAUAUAGAGAUAGUUUGUAGUUAAGCACAGCUAGUUUGAAUUUUAAUUAAGGAGAAAUGCCUUUGAAAGUCAAGCAAUCACUGUGGGAGUCUGUAUAGUCAGCCUUUCUGUUAGUCUGAGAAACUAUUUCUGUCUGACAUCACAGAUUGUAGUCUGAAACCAGUCUGGUAUGUUUUUUAAUGUUUUGCCUUCUUGCCUGAAAAGACAACGAUUUAUUAACCAAAAUCUAAUUCCUUAUUAGACAUGCUAAAUUCUCUGUAUGCACUGUUAGGACUGUGAUGUGCACGGAACAAAAAAAAUCUAAUUCCUUAUUAGACAUGCUAAAUUCUCUGUAUGCACUGUUAGGACUGUGAUGUGCACGGAACAAAAAAAAUUUGUGUACAUGUGUGUGUGUGUGUGUGUGUGUGUGUGUGUGUGUGUGUGUGUGUGUGUGUGACACUGCCCUUCAGAUGAUUUUUUUUUCUGAUGCUGGGAGCUGGCUUUGAAUGCAUCACAGAUGGUGACAUAUGCCCUUUCAAAUCAAUUUUCAAUUCCACAGUCACACAUCUACAAUAAAAAAUGACAUUGAACUAA